AUGCCUCCAAAACGUAAAUCGAAAAAGCCAUGCACAACCGGCCCACCAAAUUCAUUGCUUUUCCUCGAUAAUUCAAUGGACCCAUUCAUGUCCCAAUUGAGCCAAAUGUCAACAAUCACACCAAAUGAAAUCGCUCCACCACCAUUUGACAUUUUGCUAUCGAAUCACUUCUUCCGCCCGAUGUUUGAUGUGCUUUGUGAUCGAAAGAAUGAGAAUGCUCUUCAACCCCAGGAAUUCACACAUUUUGUUGAAGAGAUCGAUAAAGUCGAUAUGAUGCUGGAGAAGUAUUUUCAUCUUGCUGAACAAGGUGGACCGUGCGAUGCAGAGGAUGGAGCAUCACAUUCUGAUAUUGAAGAGGACUACAAAAUGCAAAUGAAUCAAUUGAGAUCAGCUUUUGAGGAGACGAGAGCUGAUAUGAAAAAGGAUUGUGAAGCGAUGAAACAGAAAGUUUGCGAGGUGCUUGAAGUCCAGAAGUCGUUUAGGCCAAUAUCCGACGAGGAUAAGCACAAAUCGAUGGACCUGGUGGAGAGACGAUUCCAGAAAGCUGAAUACCAAAUGAAGCAAGUCGUUUGCAAUCAAGCGCUCGUUCUCAGCAAUUCUUGUCUUGAUGCCAGAAGAAAACGGCGAAAUUUCUCAAAAGAAGCCACCGCUGUUCUCCAAGAAUUCUUCAACACCCACGCCGAUCAUCCCUAUCCAACAGAUGAAGAAAAAGCGGAAUUGGCUAAGAAAUGCAAUAUCACAGUGCAACAGGUCUCGAAUUGGUUUGGCAAUCGAAGAAUUCGGCAAAAGAAACUCCCUCAAUUCAGACAAUAUGUAACAAUGCUUCCCGCUCAUCAAUAUUUAUCAGAUGUCCCCACUACAAGUUCAUUGCAUCCAUUGACUGGAGGAAUUGAAAUUGAUUCACAUCUGAUGCCAACGACUCAUUUACCCUCUCUAAAUGAUCAGACUUAUCCAUCAUAUCUCUUCGACAACGUUUCCGAUCCAACGAAUAGUCAGCUCUCUGGUGUCUAUGGUUCUUCGAUGGCUAACUUGUACCAUCAA